UCUAAAACCAGUAGGGAUGAUCUGCUUUAAAUUCAAGAUUCAAGGGCUGGCAAUCCAAAACACAAUAUGGUUAACCAAGUGACAACCAAAACCAGAGGUUCCUGACUGCCAUAAGAUGGGUCUCUGCUUCUCUGUUGCUCCAUGGCUUCAUUACUCCUCUCUCAACCGCCGUCACUCUCGAGGUUCAUCAGACAUUCACGGCAGCAACGUCGAGUCCUGCGGAACUAUCACAACCACCAGGAUAAGAAAGAGUCAGUUUUCCGUGAGAGAAAGCAUUGAAAGCGAAUGCUCUCCUCUUCCUUUUCCCGGUGGCCAAAUUCUGAAAUUGCCUGAGUUGAAGGUGUUCAGUUUUGAGGAGCUGAAAUCUGCCACAGGGAAUUUCAGGUCCGACAGAUUUCUCGGUGAAGGUGGGUUUGGCAGCGUUUACAAGGGAUGGUUGGAUGAGAACAACCUCACCCCCGCCAAACCAGGCUCUGGAGUGGUAGUUGCCAUCAAAAUAUUCGACCCGGAAGGUUGUCAAGGGUUUUCACAGUGGCAGUCUGAGGUAAACGUUUUAGGAAGGCUUUCUCACCCCAACGUGGUGAGGUUAUUGGGGUACUGUUGGGAUGAGGAUCAGUUUCUUCUUGUGUAUGAAUUCAUGCCAAAGGGAAGCUUAGAGAAUCAUCUAUUCAGAAGAAAUCAUAGCAUGGAACCACUUUCUUGGAACACCCGGCUUAAAAUAGUAAUCGGUGCAGCUCGGGGAUUAGCUUUCUUGCACGCCAACGAAAAUUUAGUCAUAUUCAGAGAUUUCAAGACCUCAAAUGUACUUCUCGACGGGAAUUACAAUGCAAAAUUAUCAGAUUUUGGGUUGGCUAAGGUGGGACUAUCUGGGGGACAACCACAGGCAACUGCCAGGAUCAUGGGCACACAUGGUUAUGCCGCUCCAGAAUAUGUCGCAACAGGGGAAUUGUAUGUGAAUAGUGAUGUGUAUGGAUUUGGUGUGGUGCUUCUUGAAAUACUUACAGGCAUGAGGGUAAUUGACAAAAGAAGGCCAACAAAGCAGCAGAACCUGGUUGAAUGGAGAAAACCAUGUCUCUCUUCCAAAAAGAAGUUGAAAAGCAUUAUGGAUGGUAGGAUAGAGGGUCAAUAUUCAACCAAGGCUGCAUUAGAAACAGCAAAACUUACUCUGAAAUGCCUAAAGCCUGACCCUAGACAACGUCCUUCAAUGAAACAAGUACUUGAGCGAUUGGAAGCCAUUGAAGAUAUCCAUUGAAGAUACCCAACUUUUAUUUGUAAUUUUUUCUUUCUUAAUUUUUGCUUGAUUGGUUUCAAGUUUAAAAGACAAAAUAAUCUUUAUUUCUAAAAUCAAAUGACCUAAGGAUUAUAUUCAAACUACCAAAUUCAAA